AUUUGAGUGAGGCGAGGUGGCAGUAACGAAGUGGGCAUGAGAAUUAGGCUCGCACAAGAAAGAAAGAACUCCUUCCUUGGUUGGUGGUCUUAACUGAAAGCGAAACUUUUGAAUUGAAAUUUCGAUACCAAAACAAAAAACAACGUUGUUCUUUUGGAUUCAUUCACUUCUCACUUCACUUGUCCCUUUCCUUCAUUCCAUUUUCCACAUACCUCAAUUCCAAUUCAUCCUUAAUCGCAAUCAUUACGUUUCAUUCUUUCAUGUAACCUCCCAAACCAAAAACUUCCAUUCAGAUCGGAUUCUUCUCAUUUCCUCCAUCUUCAAAUAGCAGCAUAAGAAGGUUUGUGGGGUAGUGAAUGCUUAGUGAAUGGGGAUUCAGACAAUGGCAUCUCAAGGUAGUGGUCAGCAGUCUCAUUUUCAACCAUCCUCAUUGACAAGGCAGAAUUCAUGGUACAACCUGACUCUAGAUGAAGUUAAUAACCAGCUGGGAGACAUGGGCAAACCACUUGGAAGUAUGAAUCUCCAUGACCUUCUUCAAACCAUAUAUACUACUGAAGCUAAGGAAUCCAGUACAGUUGAUGUGGAGAAUACUUCUUCAUCAUCAUCGCUUCAACGACAAGCUAGUCUAACAUUGGCUAGAGCUCUGAGUAGCAAGACAGUCGAUGAUGUGUGGAAAGAGAUCCAACAAGGGCAGAAGCGGAGGUACUAUGAGCACAUGAUUGACCAAGAUAGACAGCCUACACUUGGUGAAACAACUCUAGAAGACUUUCUGGUACAAGCAGGGCUUUUUGCUGAAGCUUCUCCUAGUCCUGCGGUAGGAUUGCACCCUAUUGAUGCAGUGACACCACCCACAGGAAUUGAAAUGCAUCCCAUUGAUGCAGUGACACCUUCCAUUGGAUUGUAUCCCAUUGAUGCAGUGACACCUCCCAUAGGAUUGCAUCCCAUUGAUGCAGUGACACCACAGAGUUAUCCUUAUAAGUUUGGUUUGUCAUCGCCAUCCCCAUUACUUGGUGCGUUAUCAGACCCAACAAUUCCUGGGAGAAAAGGGGAUUCAUCGGAUGCAUAUGAGAAGAGCAUGGAAAGGAGGCUUAAGAGAAAAAUCAAAAACAGGGAGUCAGCUGCCCGAUCGCGAGCAAGAAAGCAGGCUUACCACAAUGAAUUGGUGAGCAAGGUUUCACGUUUAAAAGGACAGAACUCGUGGCUCAAGAAAGAGAAGGUGAUAAUUUUCAUGUCUGAUUUUUCGAUUUCUAGUAUUUGGUUGCUAAGGCUUUCCUCGAGUGUUAUAAACUUUACAAGGGAAGCACCCAAGACAUUAACACUGCAAAUGAUUUGACAUUGUAUAGAUAAUUUAAGUAUCAUUCAUAGUACCCAAGAGGGCUAGCUCUAGUGGCCUAGCAUGUGGUUUGCUCCAACAAGGUCUGAGGUUUGACUCCCUCUUGGAUUCCUCCACAGGAAUUGCCAUUAUUUCCUGGUCCUCAAAUAUUGUAUCGUUAGACGGGUCCUAGUUUUUGUCUUUUUUAAUGAAAAGAGAAAUCCUUAGUUUGGAUGUGUUUGCCAUUUUAGUAUGUACCUCAGAUAUUUGAUAGGUAAGUGCAGAUAAGUAAAGCUUUACAUUAAAUAACAUUAUGAGAGAGAUGCACUGGGAGUUGAAGUAUAGAAUUUUUGCUGUGUUCUGUGCUGGUUUAUAUGCAUGAAGGUGUACUGUGACUACUAUUAAAAUUAAAUGAUCAUGGAGAAUUGUACUCUAAUAUAGAAAUCAAUGCUGUAGACAUUUCCAAGAAUUCGGACUUAGGUAACCGAAUGAUGAAAUAAAGAAGUCCAGCAUUUUGGAUCUAGGUUGAAGUUUACAGAGACUUGAAUUGAAAAACAAAGAAAUCAUUCAAAUGGAAUACAACAAACCAUUCUCAAGCUUUAUAAUCAGUUAUUUUGUUUGACAUUAUUUCAGUAUUUUGUGCUUAAAGCCUUUUUCUUUCUACAGACUCAACAUAUAUGACAGAAAGUUAUAUUUGUUAUGUAAUUAGUGAAGGUGAAAUACAAUGUUAAACUAUUCAGAUGCGUAAAAUAAAGUGUCUGAUCCCUAUGUGGAGGUUUCUAUUAACCGAUCGUCUUGCUCAUUUCCCCCUGUUUAGGAAGUUGAGAUUAUGCUCGAAGAUAAUUCCUCUCCUGAUCCAAAAUACCAGCUUCGAAGAACAAGGUCAGCUACGUUCUGACUCAUAACAUGCACCAACGCCAUUAACAAAAUUCAGAAUUAUUUGGACCGCCAGUAUUCCAUGUCUUUGCAUCGAAGCUGUUUUAGUAUUGCAUCACCAGAUUUCUUGUUCAGUAUCUUCUGCAAAUAUGGUUCUACUUCUACCCAUCCAUUAGUAGAGUUUGGUUGUGUAUACAUGUUUGGUUAACUAGGAAUAUAUAAAAAUAUAUAAUACAUAUACAUACAGAACAGCAAAAGUGCCAUGUUGAUAAGUUCUGGUCCUGUUUUGCUGGUGCACACUCGAUAGAAUUGAGUGCAUGGUGUGUGUGUGUGUAUGUGUUGGUGCUCAAUCUUAACAUUCUAAUACAUAUUAGGUUAGCCAUGGUAGUUUGAUGAUCUUUGUUUUCUAGAUAUUACCUACCCAAAUUAACAAAAAAAAAAGACUCUUGUUCGUUCAA